UUAAAGCUGGCAGCAUGAGGAAUGCAGCCUUCAAAGAAAUGCAAAGGAGAGUCCCUAUGAAUCAAUUUCACAGUGAAGCAGAGUUUCACAAAGGGGCUCUGGUUCUUACAGUGGCAUCCACUGCUGUGAUAAACCUGAAUACCUCAGAGAUAACUUGUCUUUUAAUCAAGCAAAGUGGUAAAGCUGCAAGAGAAUCAGAUUUUUCAUCUUUUCAUGAGAUCCAAGAAAAUGCUCAAGGUCUCCAAUGUUCCCAGAAUUCUCAAAGUCCUUGGAAUAUCUAUGAAGCAGCAAAAGAUGUGGAAGUUGAUGUACUUGAAAGUGUUGAAAUAAAUGCAAUAAUAAAUAUUACAGACAGCAUCACCUGUAUUUGGGUUUUCAGGGAGACCCAGACUAACUGUAACAUUUCUCUGGAUUCAGACAACCGGCGUGUUAUUUCUGUAGAGUUUCCAAAGAUCAGAGAGUCACAGGCUGGAAAUCACAUACUUUCAAUUAAAACUGAAACUAAUAACUACACAGUCACAUUUACAUUUCAUGUAAGACGUAACCCAAGAAAACCAUAUUUUAUAAAAAAUGAACAUACCAGAACUGUCAGUUGCAUAUCAGAUGGACAUCCCAAACCAGUUAUUGAAUGGCUCUCUUGUAGUGACGCUGAUGAAAGAUGUAGAACAUAUAAUUCCCCCUCAAAUGAAGACCUGCAUAGAAUACAGAAGAAAGAACUUGACCUAAGAGAAGGCAACCUGGUAUCUGAUCAACGUGUAUGGUGCUGUGCAACUAAUGAGCUAGGCCGAAAAUGCACUGAAAUCUACACAAUAGAUUUAAAUGUAAUAUCAAGAAGCCCCAUGCCAGAAUUCUUUCUUAAAGUUGGAGAGCCACUGUUCUUGCGAUGUCGAGCCCAUUACCCCAAUUAUGAUUUUGGAAUUAAGUGGGAUUUUGAAAACAAGCAGUUAAUGAAGAACAUGUCACUUGAAGGAAGACUGAAUCAGGAUACAUUUUGGAUUAAGAAUGAAUAUGCAUUUGCUUCAUCAGUUGAACAUUCUAAUGAUGGACAUUAUACCUGCUAUUCUAAAGAACUUGCUGUGAAUCAAAGCAUUUUUGUUAAAGUUUUAGAUAAAGGAUUUAUAAACAUCACUGAUUCAAAGGAAGAGUUUGAAAUUGGUCUGGAGGAAAAAACUUGCCUUGAAGUUAAACUGAAAGCAUACCCACCAAUUAGAUGUAUUUGGAUGUUUUCCCAGAUGUCAUUUCCCUGUAAGCAAAAUUACACAGAUGAUUACAGCAUCUCUGCUACAUUCUGUGACCAUAAACACCAACCAGGUGAAUAUGAGUUCUAUGCAGAAAAUAGUGAUUCAUUCGUGAAGAGAAAAUUAAAACUGUAUGUGAAAAGAAAACCAGAGGUAACAAUGCAUUCAACACCAAGCCAAAUUUCUUGCAUCUCUGAGAGCAAUCCUGCAUCAUCCUGGGUCUGGAGGGAGUGUCCAAGAAAGCAUAUAAAUUGUACAGAAAUCAUGGGAAUUUCAAAUAGCAUACGCAAAGGAAAGGCCUUUGGUUCCUGGAUCACUACAAGCACUUUACACACAAAGGAAAUACAAGCUGGAUUUUUGAUUGAGUGUUGUGCAAACAAUUCAGUUGGCUCAUCCUGCCAAACAAACACUGUUAACUUAAAAGUGUUUGUUCCACCAGAUAACAUUGCAUUAUAUGGAAUUAUUGGAUUCUGCUUUCCACUCAUCAUUGUUUUAUUCUUUUUAACUUGCCAGAAACACAGAAAGCAAGUUAGGUAUGAAAGUCAGCUGCAGAUGAUCCAGAUGACUGGCCCUUCUGAUAAUGAAUAUAUUUACGUUGAUUUCAAUGAGGUUGAGUAUGAUCUAAAGUGGGAGUUCCCCAGAGAAAACUUGGAAUUUGGGCAAGUACUUGGUUCCGGUGCCUUUGGGAAAGUGGUGAAUGCUGUAGCAUAUGGGAUUAGUGAAACAGGAGUGUCAGCUCAGGUUGCUGUCAAAAUGCUCAAAGAAAAGUAUGGCUCCUCUGAGAAAGAUGCUCUGAUGUCUGAGCUCAAAAUGAUGACCCACAUUGGGAAACAUGAAAACAUUGUGAAUCUCCUAGGAGCUUGUACCAUGUUGGGACCCAUUUACUUGAUUUUUGAAUACUGUUGCUACGGAGACCUCUUGAACUAUUUACGAAGCAAAAGAGACAGGUUUCACAAGACAUGGACUGAUAUCUUCAGAGAACAUAGCUUCAGUUUUUACCACAGUUUCCCAGGAUAUACAAACUCCAGAAAUGGGAAUAUAAUAACAAAUGGAUCAUACAUACCAGUGGAUGACUUUGGAAACACUGAUUUAAAAGAAAACUUGGAUUUUACCUCUAAACUGGCUAGAGUUGCUCUCCUUUCUCAGGAUGAAGAAAUGAAAUAUGUGAACAGAAGACUGGAUGAAGAAGAAGACCUUAACGUCUUGACAUUUGAGGACCUUCUCUGCUUCUCCUAUCAAGUUGCCAAAGGAAUGGAGUUUCUGGAGUCAAAAUCAUGUGUUCACAGGGACCUUGCUGCCAGGAAUAUACUACUCACACACGGAAAAGUGGCAAAAAUCUGUGACUUUGGUCUUGCUAGGGAUAUAAUGUACGAUUCCAACUAUGUUGUCAGAGGGAAUGCUCGCUUACCUGUCAAAUGGAUGUCACCUGAAAGCUUAUUUGAAGGAAUAUAUACAAUCAAGAGUGAUGUCUGGUCUUAUGGAAUCUUAUUGUGGGAAAUUUUCUCUCUUGGUGUUAAUCCUUACCCUGGAAUGCAAGUUGAUGCAAAUUUCUACAAGAUGAUUCGAAGCGGAUUUAAAAUGGAAUGUCCAUUUUAUGCUACAAAAGAAAUAUAUCUAGUACUCUGUUCCUGCUGGGCCUUGGACUCCCAAAAAAGACCAUCCUUUUCGCAGCUGCUUUCCCUUCUGGCAUGCCAGCUGGCACAGGCAGAAGGCGCGUCACAUCAGAGCGAGAAGACUGAAGUUUCUGAACAUAUGUCCAGUUUCAAAAGCAGUCCGCAUGAAAUAAUGGAAGUGGAACCAUUACAUUUCUCUGUUCCAGCUCUGAAGGAGGAUGCUUCACGGGAGAAAUAAAGCAAAUAUAUUGUUUCCUACCAAAAAAAAGCAUGUAUUUAAAAGAGGUUUUCCCCCAUCUCCACUGAAGAUGUUUGAUUUGCUGCUAUAACAAAAUGAAUAUAUCAUGCUCAGUUCCAUUCAGCCUUUGAUCUGAAGACAAAACUAACCUGUCUCUCUUUUCAGUUUCUGUAGUUGAGCCAAGGAAGCACUUUUUAUAUAAGCAUUACUUUGAACCAGUGGUUCAAUAACAUGUGUACAAUUUCCAUGCAUUAGUGGGAAGAAUUUAAACUCUUUUGUUUAAAACUAGGAAAUGGAAACCAUAUGCUCCUGUUUGUGCUUUCAGUGCCAACAGUUUAAAAUAUUUCUAAUCAAACUAUUUCAGUAUGAACAUGUAAUGACAUGUUUGGGCUUGUG